AUGCGACUCUUCGCCUUGGCUACCAUGGUUGCUCUCGCAAGCAGCGAGUUCACCUGUAUCAAACCAGUCAACCCCAUUCCAGCUGGGUUUCCUGGUUUAUGUUGCAAGGAUCUGAUCCAAGCUCCAUUAUUAACCUUCUUGUACACUGGCAAUACAUGCACUCGCGCGAAUGAAUUGAGCAAGGCCGAUGACGGGAGUACCACCUAUAGCUCAUGUGAGGAGGGUGAGCGUGCAGCAUGCUGUGAUCCACUCUUGUCGAAGGUGAGCCUGGCGACGAACAUUGCUUGUGUCUUGCCUUCGUCGUGA